ACCCUUUGAGAUAAUUUGAAUAAUCUAAUUCUUCCCCAAAUCGUUUGUUUGAGAGAUAGCACUGAACUCAAAAAGCCAUGGCUGAGUUAACAUUCCUAUUGACUUUUGCUGCAGAACAAACAUUAGAGAAGGUGAUGGCAGUUGCAAGUGAACAAAUUAGCCUCGCAUGGGGCUUCAAGGAAGAUCUGUUGGAGCUAAGAGAAGCAUUACGCUAUGCUAAAGGCAUAUUAAACGACAUCAACACAACAAAGUUACAUUAUAAUCCUGUCAAGGAUUGGGUGGAGAAGCUUCAACAUCUUAUUUAUCAAGCUGACGAUCUAUUAGACGAAAUUGUUUACGAAGAUCUUCGAAGAGAGGUGCAAACAGAAAAGAUGAAGAUGGUAUGCAAUUUCAUUUCGCCUUCUAACAAUACUUUCAUGUUUCGUAGUAAGAUGGCGAAAAAAAUGAAGAGCGUUAAGAAUUUGCUGCAAAAACAUUAUUCCAUUGAGAUUGGUCCUUUACAACUUGUGUGUAAUAGAUCUGUAGAAUCUGAGAGUAGUAAUGUUAUUAGUCAGUCUCGAGAGACAAUCUCAGAGCUUGAUGAUUAUGAAGAAGUUGUGGGAAGAGAUGUUGAAGUUGAAAGUAUAGUGAAACAAGUGAUUGAAGAUGGUAGUAAAGAACAAGAAGCUAUAUCCAUCUUGCCAAUUGUUGGUAUGGGUGGAUUGGGUAAAACAACUUUGGCAAAAAUGGUUUUCAAUCAUCAAAUGAUCAAACAACAUUUUGAUAAAACUAUUUGGGUUUGUGUGUCUGAACCUUUUAAUGUCAACAAGAUUUUGGGAGCAAUCUUACAGAGUGUAACUUGUACUACUUCCAAAGGAGGGGACAAUAAACAGGUCUUACUUGGUGAACUCCAGAACGAGAUGCAUGGAAAAAGAUAUUUUCUUGUGCUUGAUGAUGUAUGGAACGAAAAUGAAAUUUUGUGGGCUGAGUUGAAAAAAUGUUUAAUAAAGAUCACUCGAAAAUCCAAAAGUAGCGUUGUAGUGACAACAAGGAGCGCAGAUGCUGCAAAAAUCAUGGAAACACUUCCUAGUCAUCAUUUAUGUAAAUUAUCUGAUAAUCAUUGUUGGUCUUUAUUCAAAGAGAGUGCAAGUGCUUAUGGAUUACCAAUGACUUCGAGCUUGGAGGUGAUUCGAAAAGAAUUGGUCAAAAAAAUUGGUGGCGUGCCAUUGGUCGCAAGAGUUUUAGGAAGGGCAGUAAAGUUUGAAGGGGGUGAUGAGAGACAGAUGAAAAUGUUGGAAAGUAUAGUAAGAAGUACAUUUCAAGAUGAAAAUUUUACUUUAUCCAUACUAAAAUUAAGUGUGGAUCGUUUACCAUUUUCAUCUUUAAAGCAAUGUUUUGCUUAUUGUUCAAAUUUUCCGAAAGAUUUUGUGUUUCAAAAAGAGCAACUAGUCCAAAUGUGGAUGGCACAGGGAUUUAUUCAAGCACAAGGAGGUAGAAUCGACGUAAGAACAAAAAAUGUUGGAGAUGAGUAUUUCAGUAUCUUGUUGUCUCGAUGCUUAUUUCAAGAUGCAAAGAAGGAUAGUGAAGGGAGAAUUAUAAGUUGCAAGAUGCACGAUCUUAUACAUGAUAUUGCGUGUGAAGUUUCAAGUGAUGGAAACUUGGAACUAAAUUCUAGCAAUUUAUUGGAGAAUGUAAGCAAGGUACGCACGAUGAUUUCAUACGAAGAAACACUUCCAAAAGAAAAAAUGAAGUUGGUUGAUGAUAAGAUUACCAAGUUUCUUCCUUUGCGUGUUUUGAUUGUGAACUCAUGGUCCAUAUACAAGCUAUCAAACUCAGUUGGGAAGUUAAAGCACUUGAGAUAUCUUGAAAUUUCAGAUCCUGAAAUAGUUGAGCUUCCACCAUCCAUUGUUUUGCUUUAUAAUUUGCAGACACUGAGAAUUGCAAACUCAAUGAUUAGAGAUCUUCCAAAGAAUUUAAGAGAAUUGGUCAGUUUACGACAUUUGGAUUUUUCGAUGAAGAAUUUAGUUGCCAAGAAGAUGCCUCCACAUUUAAGUCGAUUGACUCAGCUUCAAACAUUGCCUAUUUUUGUAGUUGCAGUGGAGAAGGGUUGUGAUAUUGCAGAACUUGGACCUUUGCCAAACUUGAAAGAUAGUUUGCAACUUUUUUGUCUAGAGAAAGUACAAAGUAAAGAGAAAGCCAAUGAAGGAAGCUUGGAGGGCAAAGAACACUUAGAUGGGUUAGCCUUUAACUGGUCUAAGCAAAGAAAUACUGCUACAUGUUGCAGUGACUUGGAAGUGUUGGAAGGACUUCAACCACCCAAAAAUCUUGGGUCACUGAAAAUCCACAACUUUGCAGGCAAAUGUUUGCCUAACAAGAUCUUUGUUGAGAAUCUAAGAGCAAUUGGUUUAUGGGAUUGUAAAAAUUGUGAAAGGUUUCCAAUGCUUGGGCAAUUAAACAAUCUAAAAGAACUUGAGAUUUAUGGCUUGGAUAGUGUCCAAAGUAUUGGCAAGGAAUUCUAUGGAAAUUAUGAGUCAAACCAAAGGACUUUCUUCUCCAAGCUAGAGAGAUUUAUACUCAAGGGGAUGAUCAACUUAGAGCAUUGGGAAGAAAUAACAACACAUGAUGAUUAUGCAUCAUCAAAUGUUACAACUUUUCCCCACCUUAAAGAGUUGAAAAUUCAUGGAUGUCCCAAAUUAUCAAACAUUCCAAAUGUUUUUGGUUCUUGUGAUGAGAAUGAGGAGGAACACCUUGAGUUAUUAAGCAUUUCACAUUGUGAUCAAUUGAUGAAACUUCCAAAUGGGUUACAAUUUUGCCAUUCCAUUAAACUCAUGGAAAUAGAUCAUAAUGGUUCCUAUUUGAGCUUAAAUUUUCAAACUAAGCCCAAGUUGGUUCAUUUAAGCAUUGGUCCAUUGGAGAAGCUGCCAGAAGAGUUAGGCCAUCUCAUGAAGUUGCAGUCAGUGAAAAUUGUUGGAUGCAUACAAAAUUACGAUUUUAGCCCUCUCAUGCAACUUCCUUCCCUCAAAGAACUUUGUUUAGUUGAGGAUUUGAGGGGUAAUAAGGCAACUCAACUUCCUCAACAACUUCAACACUUGACGGCUUUGAAAUUUCUUUCACUACAACGUUUCAAUGCCAUUGAAACUUUGCCAGAAUGGUUGGGAAACUUUGUAUCUUUGCAUACACUCAGUGUUUCUAACUGUGAAAAUUUGAAACGACUUCCGUCAAGAGAAGCAAUGCUACGUCUCACCAAAUUAAGUCAUUUGUAUGUUAUUCAUUGUCCAAAAAUACAACUUGGUACUGAAGGUGACAUGGAGAUGGCAAAGCUUUCUCAUCUUCCUAAUAUUAAAUUUUACUUGGAUUGUAAUUGUAGUCUUUCGUAUUCCUUAUUGUUGACUUAAAUUCUCUGUCUUCUUCUUGUAUAAGUUUUUGUUGUAAUGCAAAUUGUGAUUCAGGAUUA